AUGUCUUCCACUAGCUCAACCUACCACAUUCCCUUCCCGAAAAACUUUCUCACUGUCAACACUCCCGUCAAGAAGGCAGCCAGCCCCGGUAUUCAAUCUCCCACCGAGCCCGUCGUGCCUGCUCACGGGUUUCUAUCCAACCGCCCCGCGCGCCACCAGUCCAUUUCCUCCGUCUCCAGCAUCACCAGCAGCGUUGCCGCCCCACCCUCCGAGACUAGUACUAUCAGCGCGCCAUCUUCUCCCGCCACAAAGGCUGCCGAUUCACCAGUCAUUGGCCUUAAGAUUUUCGCUCCUCUUGCGGUUAAUGCAAAGCAUGCGCUUCCGCCGACCUCUUCCUCGGAGAUGAGUGCCGCUGAGAGGCAGAGGCGCAUGAGCUUUGAGAAGCACACUUUCUUGUCCAACAAGCACUGA